GGGCCGCGGCGCCGCUGAGCCAACCGAAGCAUUUCGCCUCGCGGCCACAUUCUGCCGGACUCCACCCCCACCGAUCCAGGCAGCAGCCACCGCCGCCGCCAUGUCCGGCUGCCCCUGCUCCACCUCCGCCUCCUCCUCUCCACUCUCCUUCCUGCCCCCUUCCACUUCCGUCCCCGCCGCUUCAAGGCGCAGCACCGUCGCCUUCCCCUCCUCCUGGCGCGGCCCACGGAGCGGCUGGACGCGACGGAGACGCGCGCGCGCGAUAGUCGCCGCGAGCAGCAGCAGCAAGGACGAGAAGGCGGCGGCGGCGGCGGGGGAGGAGGAGGAGGGAGACCCGGCGUUCAACCCGUUCGGGUUCGUCACGGACAACCCGUCGAGCCGCAGCGCCAUCCAGCUGCCCGCGUCGCCCGCCCAGGACGGCAAUGUCGGCCAGAUGCUCUACAGGACGGAGGACAAAGGGAGGGAGUACGGCAAGAGCGUGAGAUCAGGGGAGUUUCGAUGGUUCGUGAGGCAAACAGGUUCUCCUGAUUCACGGCGUGGGACUAUUAUGUUUCUUCACGGUGCUCCAACUCAGUCGUUUAGUUAUCGCACGGUUAUGGCUCAGAUGGCAGAUGCUGGCUACCAUUGCUUUGCGCCUGACUGGCUAGGAUUUGGGUUCAGUGAGAUGCCACAGCCUGGAUAUGGAUUCGAUUUCAAAGAAGAGGAGUUCCAUAAGGCAUUUGAUGAACUUCUUGUUACUCUAAAUAUCACUGAACCAUUCUUCUUAGUUGUCCAGGGAUUUCUUGUAGGUUCUUAUGGUCUGACAUGGGCAUUGAAGAACUCGAACAAACUUCUUAAGAUAGCAAUCCUUAACAGCCCACUUACUGUUUCUUCUCCAGUGCCUGGAGUCUUUAAGCAGCUCAGGUUCCCACUUCUUGGCGAAUUUACCUGCCAAAAUGCUAUCCUGGCUGAGAGAUUCAUUGAAGCAGGUAGCCCGUACGUGCUGAAGUCAGAGAAGGCCGAUGUAUACAGAUUGCCGUAUCUAUCAAGUGGUGCACCUGGAUUUGCAUUACUUGAAACUGCCAGGAAGGCCAAUUUUCAAGAUGUAUUAAGCAGAAUUUCGGCUGGAUUUUCAUCCAACAGCUGGGACAAACCAAUAUUGCUGGCAUGGGGGGAGUCCGACAAGUACCUACCGCUCUCGAUAGCCGAGGAGUUCAAGAAAAACAAUCCAUCAGUGGUGAAGCUGAAGCCCAUCGAAGGAGCCGGUCACAUGCCUCAAGAGGACUGGCCAGAGAAGGUGGUGACGGCCCUGAAUUCCUUCCUGUAUUAGUCCACUGAAGGAGGCCAUCCCAUCAUACAGGGUCAAAGAUGUGGUCAAUCAGUUGGUAUAUAGUAACAUCAUAUAUAACAUUGUACAGUUUAGAUGCACAGUGUGUAAAUGAAAGGGUUGAGGACAACUUGCGUGUAAUAUAUGUUGGAGUAAAUGUACCUAUACAACGGCAUGAUCUUCAGUUACCCAGUUUCUUGAGGAAGCAUCUUACCCCAA